AUGGAUUCGGAAGUCCUCUCCAAUACACAAAAUGCGAGGAUUCAUGCCUUUACCAUGAACAAUAUCGAAGGUCAAAAUGCUAGCGAAAUUAUGGGAAUUAGACACAAUGUCGAUCCCACUGGCUGUAUAGUUAAUAAUGUUCAAAACCUAGAGGAAACAACGACGCCCAUAUCUUUGAACGUUAUUGAUGAGGAUAUAUGCGCAGUUUGUUUGGAAAAGCCUGAAGAGGGAUGCUUUGUCAGGCUUUGGUGUUGCAAUAACGUACUGUGUGUACAUGACGCACAACAGAUUAGUCGUUGCCCUCUUUGCCGAAUGGUGCCGUUAGCAUGGGAUAUUGUAAAGUAA